CAAUACGGAAGUUUUAGUAAUGGAAGAACGGGUUUUUCUGGUCUCCACUGGACAUUGAAAAGACGCGCCCUUGGCUCCGUUACUCCAGUCAUUCCUAGAGGAUAGCGGGAGCGCGACCAUGGCAGCGGCCACGCAGCAGAUGUCUAGUCUGCCCAGCGGACUCCGGGUCUUUUCCACUGUACCGGACAUCCUCUACCUGCCAGAGCUGGUUUUUGGAGGGCUAGUAUGGAUACUGGUGGCAUCUACAAGUGUGGUACCGCCAAACCCUCUAGGAUGGGUGAUGUUUGUAUCAAUAUUCUGCUUUGUGAUGACCUUCCUCUGGCUCAUCAUCUUCGCCUGUGGAGGGCACAAAAACAGCAGUGCCUGGGCUACAGUGGACUUCAUUUACCACCUGAUUGCUGUUGUGUUUUAUCUGAGCGCCUCAGUGAUCCUGGCAUAUAUCACCGUACUCUUCAAAGAUUUAUCUUUAGUUUCACUUCCAGUCAAGUACUAUAAAAUCGACAUUGCAGCUGUGGUGUUCUCGUAUGUUACCACAUUGCUUUACUUCAUCCAUUGCAUCCUUUCUGCUGUGCGCUGGAAAUCCUUCUAAAUCAAAGAAUCUAAGUAAAAGAAAAAUAAAUCUGACAUAAAUUGUUUAAUAAAUAGUAAAUAAACAAAACCACUGGGGCUAAAAUAUGAAUAUCAGGGUUAAGCCCAAAGUGCCCUCUAAUCAGAAACACAAAAGCAAUAAUGAUGGAUUAAACCCACUUAUACUUUCCAUACUGGAUUAUUCAAGCCUAAUUACUUUUCUAAUAAUAAUGCAUUCUUAUAUUUGGGGGAAGGGAAACUUUUUGAAAUGCUAUCUUUACUUGAUGUACAAUGACACUCCGUGUAUGUGUGGAUGGAGAAAUAAUGUGGGUUUUUUACCUUUGUAAGAGAUUAAUACAUUUUUGUAUAUUUACCAUGAACAACACAUUUUAAUAAAAGAAUAUGAACGGGAUACAA